AUGACUGCUCUCCGGAACCCGAAGGGAAAAACCAUUGCAUCGAGAAGGAGGAUGGAGAAAAUCACCUACGACUUCUACUCUGAUCUCUUCGACAGCCAUGUCCACUUGCCUCCUCACCAUCUGAGGGAUGAUGGACAUGUCAUUCCAGAGGUUCUCCCGUCCGAAAUACGACAUGCUGUCAUGUCGGUAAGAAAUCGUGCGGCACCCGGUCCCGAAAGAAUAAGACCAGAACACCUGAAGAAUUUUCCGCCAGCACUCAUCAACACCCUGGCGAGGCUCUUUACACGUUACCUGUCGGAAUGCAAGGUUCCUACACAGUGGAGGACCAGCAAGACUGUGUUGUUGUAUAAAAAGGGAGAUCCACAUGCAUCGGUAACUAUCGCCCAAUCUGCUUACUGUCCGUCAUCUACAAGCUCUUUACCGAGGACCCUGCACCCGCCCAAUUUUGAAAUAAACGAUCCAAAUAAACAGCAGAACCUAGAUCAUCUGCCCAGGUACAGACGCGUUGCUGAUUGUCACUGUCUUAGUACCCGUAAGAAAGUGCAUCGUAAGGGACACGGGUACAACUAG